AUGUUUACUAAAGACACUUUAAAAGAAAAUACAAAAAAGAGAGUGAACGAAAGUAGCUAUGUAUAUAUAAAUUAUAUCAGCGAAGCACUAACUGAUUUAUGCUUAAAAGGAAUUCGUAUAAAAACGAAAUUCGAUCGAUUGAUCCUCAAUCAAAGUUUCAAAGUCACGAAGACCACAAUGAAGUUAAACACGUGUUUUCUAUUCCUGUUGUUGGGUGCUACCCUAAUACAAGCUAUUCCAGUAUCUAAGACCAUCGAAAAGAAAUCACUAGCAGAGGACAGCAAGGUAAAAAUCACAAAAGAGAAUCUGAAAGCUGAAGAAAUUGGCGAAGAAAAAGAUAGAUCAAAAAAAGCAGCAUUCUGUCUUCAAAUAGAGCCAGGAUCUUCUCAAGUACCUCAAAUUGGUUUAAGUGAGAAUCAACUUCCUAUUCAGAACAUUCCAUUGACAAUGCAAACUCAAUUUGUUCCUCAACAAGUCCAAACUUUAAACUUGGUGCAACCUACUUUCCAAUCUUUACCACAAGCUGAUAUAGUCUUUCCUCGGCAAAUCCAACCAAUCCACACCCUACAAAUCGUUCAACCUUCUGCUCCAAUUCAAUCUUCUCCUCAGACUGAUAAUGUUCAAACAGAUAUAAAAUCAAUCGCAAAACCUGAGCCAACCUCUACAAUAGAAUCUGAGCAGCAUGCCACUGAGCACUCAAAGCCUAUGCAUAUUAAGAAGCAUCCACAACCUUUACCAGUACCACAAGAAGCCUUAACUGUGCUGCCAGUAGUUCCAACAUAUCAAGAUCAUCUAAUGCUGAUUUCUGACAAUGAGCCAAAACAGACAACUUUUGUUCAAGUUCCUACAAUCUCUUGUAACAACUAUCUCCAUAGAACUCUAGCUGAGUGUACUUGUCAGAAAAUGGAACCAGUGGCUAUGAACAUGGUGCCCAUUGUGCCCUAUUCAUCAACUUAUGCUAGAUCUUCUUUAGUAAUGCCUCAUACUGUAGCAAAUCAAAUAAAAGUAGGACCUCAAGGCAGGACUAAAACCUAUAUUAAUGUGAAUGUUCCACCAUAUGUCCACAACCCUCAUCAUUUACAUCAGCAGACUGUUUUCAGAGAAACAAAUUUCAUGCUCCCUGAAAAUUCUCUGAGAAACAAACACAUUUUAGGCAAUUCAGUUACCUCUGAAGUAAAUGAUCUUAUACAAACUAAGAAAAUGCCUCGUGAAGCUGAUUCUAACCAAUUGUCACUAAAAAAGGAGGGAGAAAGUAGAGAAAAAGAUAAGACUAUGCUAUUAGAUGGUCGUCGUAAUACCAGAAGCAAUAAAGAAGAGACAAAAGAGCAAAAACAACAAUUAACUAAGAAAUAA